UAUAUACAUUAAAAUUUAGCCGUGAAUAUACCAAAUUUACGCCUAAUUAGAGGUCCACCCCAAAGGUCUUAUGGGUGUUCUUGAGUACAAGUGAAUGUGCGUGUGUUACAUAGCGUGUCUGUGUGUGGGCGGCACUAAAGUUGGUGGAGGAAAAGGAAAUUAAUCGAAAUUGUUUCUUUUUUUUUUUUUGCACGAGCGCCUUAAAAGGCGCUCUCAUCAACAAUUAAACCUUGUGUAUAUCCAGCCUUACCUUUGCUUAUCUUAUCAUCCACUUAAAUUUUUGUUUCUGCAAAGAUUAAAUUAAUUUUUGCCCUGAUUUCCCAAUCGGUUUGAUUUCAUAAUUUGAUAGACGCCGUGUGGGGUUGGGUUGCUUCCGGCCCGCUGCGCUUAGCAGCGAACAGAAUGGGCGACCUGCCGGGCUCCACCGGUGGCGCUGGCGGUGUGGGCGGCGGUGCCGGUGGCGGGAGCGGGGGUCCCACUAUCACGGGCGGAACGGGCAUUAACUCGACGGUAGGCGGCGGCGGCUCCUCCGGCGGUUCCACAGGCCUCGACCGACCGCCGUCGCCUGCUCGCCUCUCACACACAUCAGAGAAGCACCCGAAGGUCACACUCACGGAACUCAACAUGCUGCGGCGCCAUCGGGAGCUCUGCGACGUCGUGCUCAACGUUGGCGGGCGGAAGAUUUUCGCCCAUCGAGUAAUAUUGUCCGCCUGCAGCUCCUACUUUUGUGCCAUGUUCACUGGGGAGCUGGAGGAGUCGCGUCAGACAGAGGUCACCAUACGAGACAUUGACGAGAAUGCCAUGGAGUUGCUCAUUGAUUUUUGCUACACCGCCCACAUCAUUGUCGAGGAGUCGAAUGUCCAAACACUCCUGCCAGCCGCCUGCCUGCUGCAAUUGGUUGAGAUUCAGGACAUAUGCUGCGAGUUCCUCAAACGUCAGCUGGACCCCACCAACUGUCUGGGCAUUCGCGCCUUUGCCGACACACACUCCUGCCGCGAACUCCUGCGUAUCGCCGACAAGUUCACGCAGCACAACUUCCAGGAGGUAAUGGAGAGCGAGGAGUUCCUGCUGCUGCCCGUUGGCCAGCUGGUGGACAUUAUCUGCAGCGACGAGCUAAACGUGCGUUCGGAGGAGCAGGUCUUCAAUGCAGUCAUGUCCUGGCUGAAGUAUAAUGUCGCUGAGAGGCGGCAGCACCUGGCACAAGUCCUGCAACACGUCCGUCUGCCCCUACUCUCUCCGAAGUUCCUUGUCGGCACUGUGGGCUCUGAUCUCCUAGUGCGCAGCGACGAGGCCUGCCGGGAUCUAGUGGAUGAGGCCAAGAACUACCUUCUGCUGCCGCAGGAGCGGCCGCUAAUGCAGGGCCCACGCACUCGACCCCGCAAACCGACGCGACGCGGAGAAGUGCUGUUCGCCGUAGGCGGAUGGUGCUCCGGCGAUGCCAUCGCCUCUGUGGAGCGAUUCGAUCCUCAGACCAAUGACUGGAAAAUGGUUGCGCCAAUGAGCAAACGUCGCUGCGGCGUAGGCGUGGCCGUUCUUAAUGACUUGCUGUACGCGGUGGGAGGCCACGACGGGCAGAGCUACCUGAACAGCAUUGAGCGGUAUGACCCACAAACUAAUCAAUGGUCCUGCGAUGUGGCGCCCACCACUUCCUGCCGAACUAGCGUCGGUGUGGCGGUGCUCGAUGGCUUCCUGUACGCGGUGGGUGGCCAGGAUGGCGUCCAGUGCCUGAAUCACGUGGAGCGUUACGAUCCCAAGGAGAACAAAUGGUCCAAGGUGGCUCCGAUGACCACACGUCGCUUGGGUGUGGCCGUGGCCGUCUUGGGUGGCUUCCUCUAUGCCAUAGGUGGCUCCGAUGGGCAGUGUCCGCUAAACACCGUGGAGCGAUACGACCCCAGACACAACAAAUGGGUGGCCGUUAGCCCGAUGUCGACGCGGCGUAAGCACCUGGGAUGUGCCGUGUUCAACAACUACAUUUAUGCCGUAGGCGGGCGGGACGAUUGCAUGGAGCUCUCGUCCGCCGAACGCUACAAUCCACUGACCAACACCUGGAGCCCCAUCGUGGCCAUGACCUCGCGCCGUAGCGGGGUGGGCCUGGCCGUGGUAAAUGGGCAGCUAUAUGCCGUGGGAGGCUUUGAUGGGUCGGCCUAUCUAAAGACCAUUGAAGUGUAUGACCCAGAAACGAAUCAAUGGCGCUUGUGCGGCUGCAUGAACUAUCGCCGGCUGGGCGGCGGUGUGGGCGUUAUGCGGGCACCUCAGACUGAGAACUAUAUGUGGUGCGAAAGCAGUUUUAAGCAUCACUCUAUUCCCUCAACCUAAUCUUCAUUCACUAACCAUUCUUGUUGUUUUGUCUUCAUCUUUCCAUCCCAAAAAAAAAACAUGCUAACAAAUGUCCAGGAUACGCAAGGAUUCUGUUGUCUGAUGGGAGCAGCAGCCGUCGACGUUGCCCUCGCAAACGUUGCCGCCGCCGCAUUUCUACUAACAAUAUAUCCACAAGUCGAAGCCAAAUCUAAUCUCUCCCCGGCGUUGUCUAGAAGUAUAUAAAAUCGGAAUGUAUUAAUUGUUAAUUGUUUAUUGAGCGCGUUUGUUAGACAAGAAAUAGUAUUAAAGUCAGCAUUGCCCCCUCUUCUGUUCAUCCCCAUCACACUUCUCAUUCUGUACGUAAUUUUAUAAGCUUCUACAGCAAUUAAUUAUAGAAAAAAAUAAUAUCUAGAUGUUGCUGGCUCUGUAUUUCGUGGAAAUCACUAGCUCAUAACCCAUGCCUUCUCUCGAAAAAAAAAAACAACAAAAUCAAAUAUUAAAUAUAGAAACGAAUUCGAUUUAUUGUAAAUCUUAAAACCAUGAGCUCUUGAGUCCAAGUAACAAUAUUGGUAUUAAUAUAAUUAGACAUAAGAAAUAAGAGAAGAAAGUGCGUCCGAAAUUAGAUGGUGCAAUAUUUCGAUCGACCAACUCCACUUAAUCUAAGACUUUAUAGUAACAAGAUGAAUAACGAUUUUUUGCUCUCGAAUUUGUCGUACUAGAACUGGUUAAAGAAUGCUUGCUUAAUGGUAAUUUUAAUGUGUGAACGUUAGGCAUCUUGUUAUUAUAAGAUCUUUGACUCAGUUUUGUAUUUAUUAUUUUAAAUUGAUCAAAUGGCAAAUGUCUUCGAAAACAAUUAGUAUGGUCAGUUUUAGUGAACCCUAAUAUUACAGGGGUGUUCAGCUUAUUAAGCUUAAAACCACGAAGUAAAAUAUAUAUAUAUACUUACAAUGAACAACGUUAGGAACUAGCCCAAAAAAAACACAUUUCAAAAUAGUAAAAUUAACAAUUAAACCUAAAAUUUACGCCUUAGACGUAAGUUCAAUAUAUAAGCCUUUACCUUUUAAUAUUGUUACUCGUAGAUGGUAAGCCAGCGCGGAAUCUCUCGAAAGAGCAGAGGUCCCAACGUUUUAUAAAUAUUAAUUAUUGUUGAAUCCAAGUUUUUGACCCUCGAUCUGAACCUAUAAUAUUCUUUUUAGAGGAUAUACUUCCCACUCAUUAAGCAGUCCUUUUUCGUUUGUUGCCUUUUGACAGCUAAACAUUUUAACAUUAUUAUUUAUUUUCCAAAAUAUUAUUAUUAUUUAUUAUACGCUUUUGUAUCUCAUUUAGUUUAUUCUUAGACACUGUUGUUAUUAAACCGAGCAAAAUGGAUGAAUGAACUUUGCUUCCAAAUGAUAAAUAAGAAUAGCAUUUACGAAGAAAACAAAAAAAAAAACAAGCUUAUUUAUAUUUUAGUAUUAAGUAAAUGGUGGAGCACACAUUUGCAUAAACCCAGACAAAUAUCCGCAUACCACACACUAAUAAACAAUAACAAUUUGUA